GAUGUGCCAGUGUCUGUGAUUGUAAUUGGUAACAAAGUUACAGGUACUGCUAACAGUACACUGUUAAUACGAGGAAAAGCUAAAUAUUAGAAGUUGAUGAAAGUCCAUAUGUAACUUUUUCCCAUGCGAAUUCGACUUACAGGCCCCUUAGGGCGCACGGACCACAGGUUAAGGCCCCCUUGAAGGGGCAAGAGUUUGGGAGAAGCGCCAGUGUGGGUUUUCAGUCCUGGGAGGUGAGCCGAGGGGUAGGCACGCAUGGGCGCUCAGAAAAGGGAAGGCAGAGGCGCCUCUCCGGCUGGGCCUGCGGAGGGGUGACCCACACGCCCCUCCCCUCGCUUCCUCGGCCUGGUUUCACGCGACUGGAGGAAGUUAAAGACCCGCGUGGCUGAAGAGCAGCUCACAGUUCCCAGCGUCUGCUCCGGCGGUGUCCAGCGCCCAGAAUGCGGCUUCUGGUCCUGAUAUGGGGUUGCCUGGUGCUCCCAGGUUAUGAAGCCCUGGAGGGCCCGAAGGAAAUCAGUAGGUUCGAAGGGGACACUGUGUCCCUGCGGUGCACCUAUAGGGAAGAGCUGAGGGACCACCGGAAGUACUGGUGCAGGAAGGGUGGGCUCCUCUUCCCUCGCUGCUCUGGCACCAUCUAUGCGGGAAAAGAAGGCCAGGAGACGACAGAGGGCAGGGUGUCCAUCCAUGACAACCGCCAGGAGCUCUCGCUAAUUGUGACACUGUGGAACCUCACCCUACAAGACGCUGGGAAGUACUGGUGUGGGGUCGAAAAACGGGGCCCCGAUGAGUCUUUACUGAUAUCUCUGUUCGUCUUUCCAGGACCCUGCUGUCCUCCCUCCCCUUCUCCCACCUUCCAGCUUCUGGCUACAACACGCCUGCAGCCCAAGGCAAAAACUCAGCAAACCCAGCCCCCAGGAUUGACUUCUCCUGGGCUCUACCCAGCAGGAACCACAGCCAAGCAGGGGAAGACAGGGGCUGAGGCCACUCCAUUCCCAGGGACUUCCCGGUACGGGCACAAAAGAACUUCUCAGUACGCAGCAACCUCUCCUCAUGCAGCGACCUCUCCUCCUGCAGGGAGCUCCCGCCCCCCAAAGCAGCUGGACUCCACCUCAGCAGAGGAUGCCAGUCCAGCUCUCAGCAGCGGCAGCUCUAAGCCCAGGGUGUCCAUCCCAAUGGUCCGCAUACUGGCCCCAGUCCUGGUGCUGCUGAGCCUUCUGUCAGCCGCAGGCCUGAUCGCCUUCAGCAGCCACCUGCUCCUGUGGAGAAAGGAAGCUCGACAGGACAUGGAGACACAGAGGAAUGAGAAGGUCUACCUCUCACACUUGCCACUGGGGAAUGGCCGGGACACAGAGGACGCCGUGAUCAACAUUGCAGGGUCCAUGGGGCCUCUCACCAUCCCUGAGCCCUCUCCCGGCCUCCACACAGAGAUCCAGUAUCUAAGCCAGACUACAGAGGAAGAGGAAGCCCCUUCCCAGGCCCCCGAGGGGGACGUGAUCUCGAUGCCUCCCCUCCACACAUCUGAGGAGGAGCUGGGUUUCUCGAAGUUUGUCUCAGUGUAGGGCAGGAGGCCCUCCUGGCCAGGCCAGCCGUGAAGCAGUGUGGCUGGCUGGAUCAGCACUGAUUCGCGAAAGCUUUCCACCUCAGCCUCAGAGUCCAGCUGCCUGGACUCCAGGCUCUCCCAACCCUCCCCAGGCUCUCCUCCUGCAUGCUCCAGCCUGACCUAGAAGUGUUUGUCAGCCCCGAAGCCCAGAGCGGUGGCCUUGCCCUUCCAGCUGGAGACUGGGACAUCCCUGAUAGGUUCACAUCCCUAGGCAGGGCACCAGGCUGCUGACCCUCAGCAGGGCCAGGCAAGGCUCAGUGGAUCUGUCCUGAGUUUCUAUCUGCCACAAACUCUCCUGGGCCUCAUGCCCAGUGUCGGACCUGCCUUCCUCCCGCUCCAGACCCCACCUUGUCCUCCCUCCCUGGCGUCCUCAGACUUAGUCCCACGGUCUCCUGCAUCAGCUGGUGAUGACAAGGAGCAUGCUGGGGUGAGACUGGGAUUCUGGCUCCUCUUUGAACCCCCUGCAUCCCAGCCCUUCAGGAAGCCUGUGAAAAAUGUGAUUCCUGGGCCAACCAAGACCCACCAAAACCAUCUCUGGGACUUGGUGCAGGACUCUGAAUUUCUAACAAUGCCCAGUGACUGUCGCACUUGAGUUUGAGGACCAGCGGGCCUGAUGAACGCUCAGACCCCUCCAGCUUAGAGUCUGCAUUUGGGCUGUGACGUCUCCCACCUGCCCCCAUAAGAUCUGCUCUGUCCGUGACACCAUGACCCAGCUGGGCACUCCCCUGAGGCCUGCCUAAGUCCAAGCCUGGAUCAGGUCAGGUGCACAUUGCAGGGAUAAGCCCAGGACCAGCCGAGAGUGGUUGCUUUCCAUUCACCCUCCCUGGCCAUGCCUUCUUGCCUUUGGAAAAAUGAUGAAGAAAACCUUGGCUCCUUCCUUGUCUAGAAAGGGCUACUUGCCUAUGGGCUCUGGUGGCUAGAGAGAAGAGUAGGAAACCAGAGUGCAUGUGGGUGUCUAAUACGGAGGAGAGUAGGAACAGGGCGGAUACCUGAAGGUGACUCCGAGUCCAGCCCCCUGGAGGAGGGGUCAGGGAGUAGGGGUAAAGUAGCACAACUACUGUUUUUUUUUCUUUUUCUAUUAUUAUUGUUUUUUAAGACAGAAUCUCGCUCUGCCACCCAGGCUGGAGUGCAGUGGCACGAUCUGCAACCUCCGCCUCCCACGUUCAAGCGAUUCUCCUGCCUCAGCCUCCCGAGUAGCUGGGAUUACAGGCACGCACCACCACACCUGGCUAAUUUUUGUAUUUUUAGUAGAGACAGGGUUUCACCAUGUUGGCCAGGCUGGUCUCGAACUCCUGACCUCAUAUGAUCCUCCUGCUUCAGUCUCCCAAAUUACUGGGAUUACAGGCGUGAGCCACCGCGCCUGGCCUUAUUUCUUUAAAAAGUGAAAUUAAGAGUUGUUCGGUAUGCAAAACUUGCAAAGAUGGAGAGGAAAAAGAAAAGGAAGAAAACAUGUCACCCAUUGUCUCACCAGAGACUAUCAUUAUUUCAUUUUGUUGUAUUUCCUUCCACUCUUUUCUUCUCCACAUAAUUUGCCGGUGUUCUUUUUACAGAGCAAUUAUCUUGUAUAUACAACUUUGUAUCCUGCCUUUUCCACUUUAUUGUUCCAUCACUUUAUUCCAGCACUUCUCUGUGUUUUACAGAACUUUUUAUAAAUAAAAUGUUCAUCAGCUGCGUAUUCCAUCCUA